GCCCUCAGUUCCCUCAAUUCGGAGCUGGGCACGCGGCGGCUCAACCCUCCCAGGCUUUUGCAUUGCUGCUCCAGGGGGCCCCUAGCUUGCGCAUCUUGUCAGCUGCCUCUUCUAGCGGCCCCAGCAGCCUCCAAAGACACAGCAUGACUCUGGAAGGCCCAUGUUGGGCAAGGAGAGACUCUGGAGCCUUCCUUACAGCCUGGGGCCCUCCAGCUCGGAUUCUGCUGGCCUGGGUGGUUCUAUCAUGCAUGGAAAAUGGCCAAGGCCACUGGGAUGGGACCCUGAAAUCUGCAAGUCCAGGUCAUGUGAGAAGACAAGGCAGCCGUGUCAUCAUUUUGCAGGGGCCUAAUGUGUGUGGUUCCCGCUUUCAUGCCUACUGUUGCCCUGGCUGGAGGACUCUGCCUGGCAGGAACCAGUGUAUUGUGCCUGUCUGCAGGCACACCUGUGGCAACGGCUUCUGCUCCCAGCCCAACCUGUGUGCCUGCUUGGAUGGGACCCUGGCCCCCAGCUGCGGAGUAAGUAGAGCAUCAUUGGGGUGUAGCAUGAGCUGCAUGAAUGGGGGCAGCUGCCGAGGGGAAUCCUGUCUAUGCCCGAAAGGCUACACGGGCACUGUGUGUGGACAACCCAUCUGUGUCCACGGCUGCCGUAAUGGAGGACGCUGCAUCGGGCCAAACCUCUGUGCAUGUGUGUAUGGAUUCGUCGGACCUCAGUGUGAGAGAGACUACCAAGACUACCAGGUGGGCCCCUGCUUCCCCCAAGUGAGUCCUGAGGGAUGCCAACACCAGCCGACAGGUCUCACGUGCCCCAAAGCCCUCUGCUGUGCCACUGUGGGCCAUGCCUGGGGACUUCCCUGCCAGCUCUGUCCUGCACAGCCACACCCCUGCCGCCGAGGCUUCAUCCCAAAUGUUCACACAGGAGCCUGCCAAGAUGUGGAUGAGUGCCGAGUCAUCUCAGGCCUGUGCCAGGGUGGCAGCUGUGUCAAUACAGUGGGUUCCUUUGAGUGCCACUGCCCCGCUGGAUACCAUCUCAGUGCCAGAGGCACCAAGUGUGAAGAUCGAGAUGAGUGCCUUGGUGUGCCAGGGCUCUGCUCCAGGGGUGACUGCACAAACACAGUUGGGAGCUAUGUGUGCACCUGUCGUGGAAGCCUCGUCAGCAGCCUGGAUGGAGCCCACUGCCUGGAUCACCAAGUGGGCACCUGCUUCUCCGUGCUUAUCAGGGGUCAGUGUGCUGUAGACCUCCCUGGCCACUACACUCACAGACAGUGCUGCUGUGACAAGGGCAGGUGCUGGGCAGCUGGUUCAUCGCCAAAGCUGUGUCCUCCACGGGGUUCUGGUGAAUUCCUGAGACUGUGUACCCAAGGGUUCCCACUGCUGCCUGUCUCUGCAGACCCCUUCCCUGGACUCUCAGAAAUUGGAACCCACAACCUGGGACCUGCCCUGGGGCCAGCGCAACACAACUCCUAUGAUUCCAAUAGGCGUGGAGUCCCAACACUGAGCUCUGGCAACUCAAACAGAGAUGUGAGCCUGGGGCUGUGUUUCCUGCACCGGGAUGAGGAUGCCUGUGGAAUCCCCCUGCCUGGCAAGUACAGGGUGGAUGUCUGUUGCUGCUGCAUUGGAACCUCGUGGGGAGCCGAGUGCAAGGUUUGCCCGGAGCCUGGCUCCUCAGAAUUCUCCAGCCUGUGUCCCCAAGGGCUGGGCUUUGCCAGGCACGACUUCCUGUCUGCACAGCCCUUCUAUAAAGAUGUGAAUGAGUGCAAACUGUUCCCUGGCCUAUGCACACAUGGCACCUGCCACAAUUCUGUGAGCAGCUUCCACUGCUCCUGUGACCAAGGCUUCACCCUGGAUGCCCAGGAGAGGAACUGCACAGACAUCGAUGAAUGUCACAUCUCCCCUGACAUCUGCGGCCAGGGUACCUGCAUCAAUACCCAAGGCAGCUUUGAGUGUGACUGCUUUCCUGGCUUCACUGGUGGCUCUCCACGGGUGAAGAACUGCAUGGAUGUGAACGAGUGUGAGUUUAGAAGACACAAUUGUGACAGGCACGCCUCCUGUCACAACAUCCCCGGGAGCUUCAGCUGUAGGUGCCACCCAGGCUGGGUUGGGGACGGCUUCAAAUGCUACGAUGUCAACGAGUGUGAAAAUCCUGCAAACUGCGUCAAUGGCCUGUGUGUUAACACCCCUGGCAGCUACCUCUGCAGAUGCCCCCAGGACUUUCAGCUUAACCCUAGUGGAAUGGGCUGUGUUGACACCCUGGCGGGGAUCUGUUACCUGGAUGUGCAUGACCAAGGUGAUGGUGGCAUUUCCUGUAGUGCAGCGAUUGGAGCUGAUGUCAGCAGAGCAUCUUGUUGUUGUUCCCUGGGCCAAGCCUGGGGCAACCCCUGCAAGCCAUGUCCAAUCAGCAACACCUCAGAGUAUAGGACCCUGUGCCCAGGUGGUAAGGGUUUCCGGCCCAAUCCCAUCACUGUGAUUCUGGAAGACAUCAAUGAAUGCCAGGAGCUACCUGGGCUGUGCCGGGGAGGCAACUGCACCAACACCUUUGGUACCUUCCAGUGUGCGUGCCCUGCUGGAUACAGCCUCAGUGAAGACACCCGCACCUGUGAGGACACUGAUGAAUGCGCCAUCUUGGUGGGACAAGUGUGUCACUUCGGCCAGUGCCUCAACACAGCCGGUUCCUUCCACUGUGUCUGCCAAGAUGGCUUUGAGUUCAGAGCCGGCAGGAAGGACUGCAUGGAUAUCAAUGAGUGUCUGAGCCGCCCAGGGACCUGCCUGCCAGGCACCUGUCAGAACUUGGAAGGCUCCUUCCAGUGCAUCUGCCCCCCUGGCUUCCAGGUGCAGAGUGGUCAUUGUAUUGAGCUAGACCCUGCCUGCUUUGCUGGAGCUGCGUGCUGCCCCAUCUCAGCUCGAAUCCCUGCCUCUGCAGAUAGUGAUGAGUGCUUGCAGGAUCCCAGCCUCUGCUUGUCUGGCACCUGUACCAACAGUCCUGGGACCUUCCAAUGCCUCUGCCCUCCUGGCUUUACCCUCUCCGACAGCGGGCAUUACUGUGUUGACAUUGAUGAGUGCACUCUGAAUCCACUGCGCUGUGCUUUCCGCUGCCACAACACUGAGGGUUCCUACCUGUGCACCUGCCCAGCUGGCUACACACUGAGGAAGGAUGGCGCCAUGUGCCAAGAUGUGGACGAGUGUGCAGAUGGGUCUCAGGAUUGCCACACCCGAGGCAUGCUGUGCAAGAACCUCAUCGGCACCUACGUCUGCAUCUGCCCGACUGGUAUGCAGCCCCUGCCCUCUGGGAAGGAAUGCACAGAUGAGGACGAAUGCCAGGCCCGGUCCAGCCUGUGUGCCCAUGGCCGCUGCAUCAACACAGUGGGAAGCUUCCAGUGUAAUUGUGAUGAGGGUUUCCAUCCCAGCCCUGCCCUCACCGAGUGCCAUGAUAUCCGGCGGGGCCUCUGCUUCUCUGAGGUGCUACAGGCCGUGUGCCAGAAUCGGUCAAGCAGUGGUGAGGCUGUGCCCAAAGUCAUGUGCUGCUGUGGGGGCGGCCGAGGCUGGGGCCCCCACUGUGAGCUCUGUCCCUUGCCUGGCACCUCCGCCUACAGGGAGCUCUGCCCCCAUGGCAAGGGCUAUAGCACCGAGGGCCAAGAUGUGGAUGAAUGCCACAUGUUUGCUGACCUGUGCCACCAUGGCGAGUGCAUCAAUAGCAUUGGUUCCUUCCACUGUGACUGCCAAGCUGGGUAUACACCAGAUGCCACAGCCACUGCCUGCAUGGAUGUGGACGAGUGCAGCCAGGACCCCAAGCCAUGUUCCUUCCUCUGCAAAAACACAGAGGGCACCUUUCUGUGCGCCUGCCCCCGGGGCUACCUGCUGGAGGAAGAUCUCAGAACCUGCAAAGACCUGGACGAGUGCACCUCCAGGCAGCACAACUGCCAGUUCCUCUGUGUCAACACCAUAGGCGCCUUCGCCUGCCGCUGUCCUCCUGGCUUCACCCAGCACCACCAGGCUUGCUUGGAUAACGAUGAGUGCUUGGCCCGACCUGGUCUCUGUGGCACCCGUGGACACUGCCAAAACACCCCAGGCAGCUUCCGCUGUGAGUGUAACAGAGGCUAUACCCUGGACAGCUCUGGCCACAGCUGUGAAGAUGAGAAUGAGUGUGCCUGGUCACCCAUGCCUUGUGGUAGUGCCUCUUGCUACAAUACGCUUGGCAGUUUCCGCUGUGUCUGCCCCUCUGGUUUCAGUUUCAACCAGGACCUUGGAGGUUGCCAGGAUGUGGAUGAGUGUGCAGAGCAAGGCAGCCCCUGCAGCUAUGGCUGCGUCAACACACCUGGUGGCUUCUUGUGUGGUUGUCCCCAAGGCUACUUCCGGGCUGGACAAGGACACUGCAUUUCCAGCCCUGGCAUCAGCUCUGGAUCUCAGGCCGCCGCAGAUGAAGAAGAAUCGCUCUCACCUGAAGCCUGCUAUGAAUGCAAGAUCAAUGGCCUCUCACCUCAGGACCGACCGAAACGCAGCACCAAUGGAGGCCCUCAGGUGAGCCUGGCUACCCUUGACCCGGAAGUCCCCUUGACCUUGAGUCUGUACAUCUCACACCUGAGCCAAGUCAAGCAUAUCUUAGAAUUUCGACCAGCUCUUGGGAGUCUGGAAGGCCAGAUCCGUUACAUUAUUGCCAGAGGCAACAACCAAGGCUUCUUCCGCUUGAGUCACCUGGAUGGCUUCAGCUCCCUGCAGCUGGGAAGUGGGAGACCAAGACCCGGCAAAUAUCAGCUGGAGGUGGUGAGUAUAGCAGGAGCUCAGGGCCAGCUAGAGCCAGCAACCCCAGCCUUGCGGCUAACAGUCCGAUUACAACUGCUCUAGCAGAAAGAAGCUUCAAUGUGCCUAGAGUUCCCAUGGCAUCUGAAGUGGAGAUUCUGGAACUGGCUAGAAUUGAUUUUGGGGGCAAUGGCUGACCAAGUUGAACCUCAAAACACUAUGACCUCAGAUGAACCCAACCUAUGCAAGCCUGGGGGGGGGGUCCCAACACCUCAGCCUCUCCUGGACUCGGCUAGAAGUCUCAGCAUUCAUCCGUCCACCCACAGCCAGGGUCAGCAGGAGGGACCCCUGGUGUUCACUGCUCCUUGUCAUCCUCAAGCUUAAACUUCAGGCUGCACUAUGACUCGCCAAGAGUGUUGGUGGGACAUCGGAAUAGUGUCUCGGGUGGGUGUGGGUAUCAUCCCUCAGAGAAUGAGAAUGGGAAGCCUUAUCUCCUACAUCUUGACAAGCAGAUUCAUUCCCGAGAGCCUGGGCUAGGUUCUGAAGACACUUUUCUAUUGAAACUGAAGACACAAUAAAGUCCUCUGGGGAUUAAA